AUGAGCUCAAUUCGUACAUUGCUACAACGUGUUAUGCAGAAUGACAUGAUCAUUCACCAAAUGGAUGUCAAGACCGCCUACCUUAAUGCGCCUAUAGAUUGUGAGCUCUAUAUGGAACAACCAGAAGGUUUUGAGGAACAUGGUGAGAAUGGUGAAAAAUUAGUGUGUAAAUUAAAUAAGUCAUUAUAUGGUUUAAAGCAAAGUGGGAGAAACUGGAAUAAUUUAUUACACGAGAAUCUGCAAAAGGAGGGUUUUACUCAGUCGCAGGCUGAUCCAUGUGUGUAUGUGAGAAUCAUUGACUCGAAGCGAUGUGUUAUAGUAAUUGUAUGGGUUGACGAUAUCAUUAUCGCAGCCAGUCAUUUUGAAUUACUAACAACUGUAAAAGAAUCUUUAGGUGAAAGGUUCAAAAUGAAAGACCUAGGUAAGCUAUCGUGGUUUUUAGGUGCAGAGUUUAAAUGCAAGGAAUCUUGCAUCGAAAUGAAUCAGAAACAAAUAUUGGGAAAGUAUUGUUAAAGUUUGGGAUGGCUGAUUGCAAGCCCAAGCCUACUCCAUGUGUUUUAGGUAUCGAGAAGGUCUCAGACGAAGAAUCACCAAGCUUAGAAGACCCAGGUGAGUAUAGGGCUAUUGUUGGGAGAUUAAUAUACGUUAUGAUAGGCACCAGGCCUGAUUUGUGCUAUAUAGUGACGAAGCUCUCACAGUAAAUGUCUAAGCCGACAAGAGCCAAUCUCGACUUGGCUAAACACGUUUUAAAAUAUUUGAGGGGUACAUCUGAGCAAGGUUUGACAUUUAGGAAGUCACACGUUCCGCUAAAGUUGAACGGAUUUUGUGACUCCGACUGGGGCGCCUCAGUUGCCGACAGGCGAAGUAUAACUGGCUAUAAUUUUCAGUUGUCUUUAACAGGUCCUUUAAUAUCCUGGAAGAGCCGUAAGCAACCAAUAGUUGCACUCUCUACAUGCGAGGCAGAAUAUAUUGCGCUUGCAAAUGCCGUACAGGAGGCAAAAUUUUUGAGACAAUUAUGUAUCGACAUGAAGGUACUAAGUAUAAGUGAUGAUAAUGUACUUACUCAAGUAGAUAAUCAGGGAGCUAUAAACUUAGCUAGAAAUCCCGUACACCAUCAAAGGUCGAAACAUAUAGAUACUAAGUAUCAUUUUAUAAGAUCCGAGAUACAGGUAGGUAUCAUAAGUUUAAAAUAUGUUCCUACUGAGGACAAUAUAGCUGACGUCUUCACAAAGCCAGCUAGCAAAGCCAGCUAG